AUGCGACAUGGAGGUGAUGUGGCUGGCCUGCUGGACACUUUGGACUAUUUACAAGGAAUGGGCAUCAAGGGACUUUAUCUUGCAGGUUUGGUAUUAAUGAACCAGCCAUGGGGAUCCGAUGGCUACUCAGCGCUUGACACUACUCUACUCGACCAGCAUUUUGGGACAAUUCAAACAUGGAGAGCAGCUAUCACGGAGAUUCACAACCGCGGCAUGUAUGUUAUUUUUGACAAUACUGUCUCAACCAUGGGUGACCUCAUUGGUUUUGAAGGGUACAUGAACACAACCACCCCAUUUUCAAUCAAAGAGCACAAGGCUUCCUGGAAAUCGGACCGUCAAUAUGUUGACUUUCGAUAUGGAAAUGCCUACAAUGAGACAUGUGGAUAUCCUCGCUUCUGGAAUGAGACUGGAUACCCCGUGGAUGAGUAUGUCGAUUAUGAGCUACGCGGGUGCUACGACAGUGAUUUUGAUCAAUAUGGCGACAUUGAGGCCUUUGGUGUCUACCCCGACUGGCAACGAGAACUCGCCAAAUUUGCCUCUGUGCAAGAUCGGCUGCGUGAAUGGGUUCCUAGUGUCAGAGAGAGACUAAUUCGUCAUUCGUGUAUGAUCAUCGCAUCUUUCGACAUCGACGGUUUCCGCUACGACAAAGCUACACAAGCCACCGUCGAUGCUCUUGGGGAUAUCUCUGGGGCGUAUCGAGACUGUGCUCGCCGUGUGGGAAAAGAAAAUUUCUUCCUUCCCGGUGAGAUUACCAGUGGCAACACUCUUGGCUCUAUCUUCCACGGGCGAGGACGUCAACCUGAUAUGCAAUCACAGUCACUGGAGGAGGCGUUUAUGAUGACCAAUGAAUCCGAUCCAGAUUACUUUAUUCGUGGCCAAAACAAGCAAGCCACCGAUGCUGCCGCAUUUCAUUACUCCGUCUAUCGCUCUCUCACCCGUUUCUUGGGUAUGGAUGGCAACUUGGCCGCUGGCUACGACGUUCCAGUGAAUUGGACCGAGGCCUGGUAUCAAAUGGUGCUCACAAAUGACAUGGUCAAUGCCAACACCGGCAAAUUUGAUCCACGCCAUAUGUAUGGAGCAACAAAUCAAGAUGUGUUCCGAUGGCCGACCGUUGAAUAUGGCAUCGAAAGGCAGCUUCUGGGUCUUUUCAUCACGACAUUGCACAUGCCUGGCAUUCCUAUGCUUCUAUGGGGCGAGGAACAAGCAUUUUAUGUUUUAGAUGCUUCAGCUGCUAACUAUAUCUAUGGCCGUCAAGCAAUGUCUCCCGCCACAGCUUGGAAAAACCACGGAUGUUUCCAGUUAAAUUCCACUCAGUAUUUCCAGUGGCCUAUCAAGUCAGGACGCUUGGGAUGUCACGAUGAGACAGUCACGUAUGACCACCGUGAUCCAGCUCACCCUGUGCGGAACAUUAUCAAACACAUGUAUCAGAUGCGACAGGACUUCGGUGCUCUUAAUGACGGAUGGUGGAUUCAGCUACUCUCAAACCAAACACGCAACAUAUAUCUGCCGGGCUCUGACGGGGUCCCCACAGAAACAGGCAUGUGGUCUGUCUUGCGCAGUCCAUAUUACCAAUUGCAGGAUCUGGGAGAAAUGGGCAACCAAACCGUCUGGUUUGUAUAUCAAAAUGAGAACCGGGCGGUGAACUAUGAGUUUGACUGCUCUGAUCCAACUGCGGGAUUGAUCGCUCCAUUCGACAUCAACACCACGGUGAAGAACCUGUUCUAUCCUCACGACGAGUUGACACUGCAAGAAAGUCCGGUCAAACUUGCUUUGAAUGGCUCUGAUAAGUACAGCGGUUGUCUUGGCAGUAUAACACUUCAGCCGUACGAAUUCAGAGCAUACAUCCCCAAGGAGAAAUUUGUCUCUCCUCGUCCCAUGAUAACCAAGUUCUUCCCUGGCCACGAUGCUCCGCUGCUAUCUGCUGUCGCCCCAGAUGAAAGUGAGUCGGUAGAUAUCAGCUUCUUCUUCUCCACAGAGAUGAAUUGCUCUAUGGUAACCGAGUCAAUAUCGCUUGAGUCAACCACUGAAACUGGACAAUGGCCUUCUGUGGACCUUGACAGCGUCAGUUGUGAGAGUGUUGAGCCGGAGAGUACAUCUUGGACCGGCCAAAUCCCAUCUACCUGGUCUUGGAGAGCUACCAUGACCGGAGUCUACAAUGGGGUGCAUAAAUUGACGGUGAACAAUGCGACAAGUACUGAUGGAAGGGCAACCAACGCCAUCGACCAUUUCUUGAUCCGAGUCGGGCAGUCUGAUAAUCCCAUAAUCUUUACCUCAGCAAAUUACUCUAGCAGCUUGCUUCACGGGAGCAAGGAUGGUACUCUUUUCAUUUCACAACACGCAGCUGGAGCAGACAAAUAUCGGUAUUCCACCAAUUGGGGUAGUACUUUCACUGAAUGGCUCCCAUACGAGGGAGGAAACCACAGCAUUAAAGAACUUCCUUGGUCUGGGACGAAGAAGCAGAGAUGGGAUGGGAAACACGUUCGGGUUGAGUACUGGAGUCGCCUCACAGGUAGUAGUGACUACGUCCAAGAGGGGGAUGGACCCGACUGGAGUCCUGGUAUCCGACGUCGGUUCCCUCACUUCUUCUUCAACGGGCCUUUCAACAGAUACGGAUAUGAUGCCGGCUUGGAUAACAUCGUGAGGCAAGAUACCGAUAACAUCUGGAAAUUUCGCUUUAUGGCCGAAUGGCCUGCUCAGGGUCAGCUGAAUGUCUGGGGUAUCAACCCCGAUAAUCAACCAGACCAAAGCUACAUCUACGGAGAUUCCGAUGGAGACUCGAUCCUAGAUCGUCUACCGCCCUCUUCCCUCAGUGUGACAACUAUAAACAUCACUCAGCACCCACCCAACCCGCACCUCGCCUGGAAAAUUCAACUCGAUGACUCGAAUUUGCAGUUUAAGCUUGUUCCUACAGGCUCCAAAUAUGUUCAAAUAGCCCUCUUUUUCCUCCUUUGCAUUGUUCCUGUCAUUACAGCGUCAACCUGCGCUUAUAUGUUCAUGAAAACAUUCUACCGGAUCAAAUUCAACCAAGUCGGCGUGAGUGAAAAGAAGACGCUGAUUUCAAUGGAUUUCGUCAACAAAUUCAAGAUUGGCCAUGUGGAAGAUGGACAGUCCAGGAACCCCUUCAGACGCCUAACAAGCAAGUCAAAUUUUCUCCAAAGUACUUCUGCGUUUGGCAAUCGAACUACGCACCGACGAAAGGUCCUCAUUGCAACCAUGGAAUAUGAGAUCGACGACUGGGCUAUCAAGAUAAAAAUCGGCGGUUUGGGCGUCAUGGCACAGUUGAUGGGAAAACAGCUCGGACACGAGGACCUUGUCUGGGUUAUUCCAUGUGUCGGUGGAGUGAAGUAUCCCAUCGAUAAACAAGCCGAUUCGAUGUUUGUCAUGAUCUUGGGGAAUUCGUACGAAAUCAAGAUUCAGUACCACCAACUGAGGAACAUCACAUAUGUUUUGUUGGAUGCGCCCGUUUUCCGCCAGCAAUCCAUCACAGAGCCCUACCCGGCCCGUAUGGACGACCUCGACAGCGCUAUCUACUACUCUGCCUGGAAUCAAUGCAUUGCUCAGGCAAUGAAGCGGUUCCCUAUUGAUAUGUAUCACGUCAAUGACUAUCAUGGUUCGGUGGCUCCGUUGUAUCUUUUACCCGAGACUAUUCCUAUUUGCUUAUCCCUUCACAACGCCGAAUUUCAAGGUCUAUGGCCGAUGCGGACACAGAAAGAGAAAACCGAAGUGUGUUCUGUUUUCAACCUUGAUUUGGAUGUUGUAACACGCUAUGUUCAGUUCGGCGAGAUCUUCAAUCUUCUUCAUGCCGGUGCAAGCUAUCUUCGUCUUCAUCAACAAGGUUUCGGCGCUGUUGGUGUGUCGAAGAAGUAUGGCAAGCGGUCAUAUGCUCGAUAUCCAAUCUUUUGGGGCUUGAGAAAAGUUGGAAACCUACCGAAUCCUGACCCCUCCGAUACAGGCGAGUGGGAUAGAGCCUUGCCUAAGGAGAGCGAUAUUAAUAUCGACAAUGACUUCGAGAUCCGCAGAGCAGAGCUCAAGCGCCAAGCUCAAGAAUGGGCUGGUCUAGAGCAAAGACCUGACGCUGAUUUGUUGGUCUUUGUUGGAAGAUGGUCGAUGCAAAAAGGCAUCGACUUGAUCGCCGAUGUCUUACCCGGUGUAUUGGAGAGUCAAGAACAUGUUCAGCUGAUCUGCAUCGGGCCGCUCAUUGAUUUAUAUGGCAAAUUCGCGGCGUUGAAAUUGGACCGAAUGAUGAAGCUUUACCCUGGUCGGGUGUGCUCCAAACCUCAGUUCACGGUCCUACCACACUUUAUCUUCUCUGGUGCAGAUUUUGCACUUAUCCCAUCACGCGAUGAGCCCUUUGGUCUUGUUGCUGUCGAAUUCGGUCGGAAGGGUGCACUUGGUAUUGGAGCCAGAGUAGGUGGACUCGGGCAGAUGCCUGGGUGGUGGUAUACGGUUGAGUCCACGACUACCUCCCACCUGUUAAAACAGUUUAAAUUGGCCAUCGACAGUGCGUUAAACUCCAAGCCCGAGGUGAGGGCAAUGAUGCGCGCAAGGUCUGCCAAGCAACGAUUCCCAGUUGCCCAGUGGGUCGAAGAUCUUGAGAUCUUACAGUCCACAUCGAUUCGAGUCCAUCAAAAGGAACGAACCAAAUCUCAGAGCCAGUCCACCGCUGCUGGUGCAUAUAACGCCAUCUACGGAAUGAUGACGCCGCAGGCUGCGUCAACAAAAUCGGGCGCAUCGACGCCCCCAUUACAACCCUCAAGUCGGCCAGGUACUACAGGAUCACUACAGCGAAGUUCUAUAAUCUACAGUCGUGAUGCAAGCCCUGGAUUUGAUGGGAGACCUAGGUCGGGACUCAGUCGCCAGAUGUCUCAUGGUGUUCGGCCAUUAUCUGGCACCAUAGAGCCUCGUGGUCGAUCCGACCUUGGGAAAGGGGGUGUUAUCGAGGGCGAUGACAGUGCUGGUAGAGCCUAUCCAGAGGCUGAAGAAAACAGUGAGGAUGAGAUGAUGGCCACUUGCUAUGGUGAUGAUGAUUAUUCCAUAUCACCCGAAGGGAUAGAUCCAGGCCGUGCACAAACUACCCAGCCUGGUGUGGCCCUCACCAAAGAAGCCCUCUCGGCCCAACGCGCAAGUCAAGGCUCCCUGUUAGCUCGAUGCAGUAAUACGCCCUCCAGUUCAACGGCGCCCAGUACUGUUGGGACAGAUGACACCCUCGUUCCUCCUUCUCGUCCAUGGGCGGAGCCAGGUAACCGUCUCAGUAAUGCCUCGGCCUUAUCUGUCGAUUCGGUUGUUGGAGAGAAGAAAGACUUCAAACUUCAGAAGGUUGACCCAUUCUUCACUGACAGCAACGGAGAGUACUACAGAGUGUUUGAAAGGAGACUCGAGGAUCUCAACGGGACGAACUCAGAUACCCAAUUCUGCAUUGAACAAUACCUCGAGAAAAGCGAAAAGAAAUGGUUCAACAAAUUUCGCGAUGCACGUCUUGGCCUCAAUCAAGAAUCUCCAGCUGGCUCAGUGCAUCGGGGCAAAGCAGGGGCCUCCCCAACGGGGUCAGUUACAAACGACGAUGCGACAUCCCAUGAAAGUGGUGAGCGCGAGAGAAAAGAGGCUCCCCCGGAUGAAUUCCUUCUUGGCGAUGACUACGUGCCACCAACAGGGCUGAGGAAAUGGAUGCAAAUGCGCAUCGGAGAAUGGCCUGUGUAUUCUCUCUUCCUCGGACUCGGCCAGAUCAUUGCAGCCAAUUCCUACCAAAUUACCCUUCUCACCGGUGAGGUCGGUCAGACCGCUACGAAGCUGUAUGGAAUCGCGACGGUUUACCUCAUUACCUCUAUUUUAUGGUGGUUUUUCUUCCGAUACUGCAAAUCUGUGAUUGUUCUAAGUGUGCCAUGGUUCCUAUACGGAACGGCCUUCUUGAUCAUCGGAAUGGCACACUUCGAGCCCAACUCACACAAUCGCGGAUGGGUUCAAAAUGUUGGAAGUAGUAUCUAUGCUGCUGCAUCAUCGAGCGGUUCUAUCUUCUUCGCCCUCAAUUUCGGCGAUGAGAGCGGUGCACCGGUCAAGCAGUGGGUGUUCCGUGCUUGUCUUAUUCAGGGCACGCAGCAAGCCUAUGUCAUUGCUCUUUGGUACUGGGGUUCGACUUUGACUAAAGCUACUAACGCGGGAAUUAUGGAUGUGCAGGGCAGCGUCACCAACACCUGGAGGAUGACAGCAAUAUGUACACCAAUCACCAUCUUCCUGUGGGCAAUUGGUCUCAUCGUCUAUUUUGGCUUGCCAAACUAUUAUCGCCAAGCUCCCGGCAAAGUGCCAUCAUUCUACAAAUCUGUCUUCCGGCGCAAGAUCGUACUUUGGAACUGGGUGGUCGUUAUUCUCCAAAACUUCUUCUUGAGUGCCCCAUAUGGUCGAAACUGGAAUUUCCUCUGGGUUACCCAGCACGCCAGCUCAUGGCAAAUCCUCCUUCUCUGCAUUGCAUUCUUUGGCUUUGUCUGGAUCGCAGUUCUCUUCCUGUUAGCUAGACUAUCCAAGUCCCAUAGUUGGAUCCUCCCAGUUCUCGCAUGUGGUCUAGGCGCUCCGCGUUGGGCCCAAAUCUGGUGGGGCACAUCUGGGUCCGGCCUGUACCUCCCCUGGGCUGGAAGUUAUACCUCGGGAGCACUUAUAUCCCGGAGUCUUUGGCUCUGGCUCGGGGUCUUGGACGCACUACAAGGUCUCGGGUUUGGUAUGAUUCUACUGCAAACACUGACACGUAUGCACAUCUGCUUCACCCUUCUGGUGUCACAGGUCCUGGGCUCUCUCGCGACUAUCUGCGCAAGAGCAUUCGCACCAAACAAUAUUGGACCAGGGCCUAUCUCCCCAGAUAUCACGGCUGGUGUGGGCGCGCUGGGUAACGCUUGGUUUUGGGUUGCUCUUUUGUUGCAGCUUUCGAUCUGUGGUGGCUUUCUUCUUUUCUUCCGAAGGGAGCAAUUAUCGAAGCCCUGA